UUCAAGGCGAAAGCAUUUGAACACUUUCCAUCGUAUAUUCUUGAUCGUUUUUUUAAUUUCUUGAAGCAUUAAUCGCGAAAAAAAUAAAUAUUAAAAAAUGUUCGAAAUGAUUGUUUCUAAUAUUUGUUGCUGUAUCGAUUUAAGAUCUGGUGGAAUUAUAGUGGGCUGUGUGGAAGCAAUAUACUCUUGCUAUUCUCUGUUUUCAAUACCAUUAGAUAAAAAUUUAUAUGGACUUCCUUUUGUAAUUGGAAUAAUUAUCGGUGUUUGUUUGCUUUAUGGAAUUAUUGGGAAUCGACCAAGCUAUGUGUCAUUUUGCAUUUAUGUGACUGGAAUUUUACUCAUCCUUGUGUACACACCUCUGGUUUUGUUACUAACUUAUUUGCCAUUUUCUGAGAAAGAGAAAGCAGCUGACAUCAAAAGAGGUCUUAAUACUUGCAGCAUUUGUUCAGUCAUCCUUACCUAUAUUUGGAUCGUUAAGUAUUCCGUCUACAAAAAAAUGAAAGAAAACGCUUCUGGUUUGGCUUUUUCGGGCGUUGCAUUGUCAGUGUGAUUAUAAAAUAUUUGAUUUGGAUGUUUCAUUACAGUUUACUCUCUCACUUUCAAAAAUGUAACUAAAUUCUAUUAAAAUAGAUUAAAUUUAUAUAGAUUUUGGUGAAUACAGCAACAUAUUCAGUAUUAUUACAUAUUCAGCUGCGAUCAGAAUAACUGAUAGUGAUUUUGUUAAUCUUUUCAUUUCGUUUCAUUGGAACAUUCAAAGCGAAAAAAGACACACUUGACGGGUGUGAUCUAUUCAAAAAUGCUGUAUUUCAUCCUAAAAGCAUGCCCUGUGCUGAUAAAGCAGAUACGUCAUUGAAUGAAAAGACAUGCGUUGUGUUUUAUGAUGUUUUUGCGUGCUUAUCAACAUAGCUCUUGAGCAUAUUAUAUAAAUGGAAUUAAAAAAUAAUGAUGUUUCGGACUUAAGGUUUUCUUUGUGUUAUUAUAUUCAUCAAUGGCUUGAAAGAAAUGUAUUGUUCUCUGCAAUUUGUAGUGAUUUCUAAAACAAAUAAAUUUCAAGCGAAGUAAUUCAUAUUUA